AAGAAUAAAGAUUUGUGUUUCAUAUAUAUAUUUCUUUUAAUGUUUGAAUCGAAUCCUUCAUUGGUUCUUGGUAAUCAUCACUAUCAUUGCCUAUUUCUAUUGUUUUGUUUGCAUUACCCUCCCUUCAACCCUUUUCUUAAUUCCGUCUUUCUUCUUUGUUAUAUUUUAUUAGUCUGUUGCGUCAAAGAGGCCCUGCAAACAAGGUUUCUGUUGUCAAGAUUGGAGCUUUUUGCUCUGUGACUCGUUUGUUAUCCUAACAAUGCUUUAUCCUCAUCUGGGUAUUUAGUUUUUGAUUAAGAUGGUGGAAGAAGACCAUUUUCCUGUGGGUUUGCGUGUACUUGCGGUUGAUGACGACCGAACUUAUCUCACAGUGUUGGAGAAUCUGCUUCGCAAAUGCCAGUAUAAUGUUACUGCAACUACUCAAUCAGUGAAGGCUCUAGAAAUGCUGAGGAAAAACAGAAACGAGUUUGACCUUGUUAUCAGUGAUGUGAAUAUGCCAGAAAUGGAUGGGUUUAAGCUGCUUCAGCAAGUGGGACUUGAGACGGACCUACCCGUUAUCAUGUUGUCAGGGUACGGUGAUAAAGAACGGGUGAUGAAAGGUGUCAUAUAUGGUGCUUGUGACUUUUUAACCAAACCAGUUCGAAUUCAAGAGUUACAGAACAUAUGGCAACAUGUAGUGCGGAGGAAGAUUGACAGCAAGGAUAAGAAUAAGACUGCAAGUGAGGAAAAAGACUGCAGUAUGGCAUGCAAGUUUGCAAAUGAGGAGGAACCAUGCACUGUUGCUGGGGAAUGUAGUCAAGCCUUUGCACCAAAAACUAAUGCUAACCAGAAUAUAAAAGUGGAUCAUAAAAGGAAAGAACGCUGUGAGGCUGAGGAAAUAGAAGAAGAUGACAAAGAGAACGAUGAACCCUCCAAUCAGAAGAAAACUCGUUUAGUUUGGGAUACUGAGUUGCAUAACAAAUUUCUUGCUGCCAUUAAUCAGCUGGGAAUUGACAAGGCUUUCCCCAAGAAAAUACUUGACUUGAUGAAUAUUGAUGGACUUUCAAGAGAAAACGUAGCAAGCCAUCUCCAGAAAUUCAGACUCGGUCUCAAAAAGCCCAAUCCUUACCACCGUAUGGGUUCAGUUGAUUGCUUUCGCACUUCAUCUGAAUCAGGAGCUAUGUUGAGCACCACAUCACCUUCAUAUGCAUAUGCACCUGGUGGAAGGUUUUGUGUGUUAAACUCUCCAUCCUGCUUGAACACGAGAGGAAUGAACUCAUCUGCAAUUGUUCAGGCUUCUCAGUCUCGAAACAUUAACAGCAGUUCCAUAAAAACAUAUGGAAACAUGCACUCGUCUAUGUUUUCUGCAAAUCAAACCUCAAGCUUAUUGCAAGGCUUUCCAACAUCAAUGGAGGCUAACCUGUUUAAGCCGAACAACUCAGCAGCUGGUAUUAGGAGGUUUAAUAUUAAUCCACUUGAUCACUCAGCUGCACUUAAAGAUUUCUCUAGUUUCUCGGAAAAUAUAGCUACUGUUAGAAAUGCAGCUAAUAUAUCUCUUCCUGGUCUCUCCAAUAAUCAUUUACUUUUUCAAGGAAUUUCCCAACUUUAACAUCAUUCUGAAGCAUCCAGAAAUCAUUCAUCUUUUGGAGCUGCUGCUGUGAAAACACAAUCUUUUGAUCCAAACUCCUUUGGUUAUUCUAAAAUGGGGGGUGAUUAUAGUAAUAAAAGGUGGCAGGAAGCAGCUCCGAUAUCUACCUGUCCUUCAAAUACUUCUGCUGUCAGUAACGUUUUCAAUAAUGAUCAACUACUUCAGCAUAACUUUAAGUUGUCCUCAUCCAAUUUUUGCAGUAGGAACAGUCCAGUUGGUUUUUCUUCCAGUGUUCCUUUGGAGGAUGAUGUCCUAGGUGAGAUGCUGCACCAAGAAGGCUUACUUGGGAAUAUCUUAUUAGCUUCGUGUUACACCCCAGCACAAUCAACCAGGAGGUUGCAAGCAAGACACAGUCAAACCUUCAAUUCCAUACAUCCUGGUCAUUUCCUCCCUUAAUGGAGGCCACUAGUUCCUUGGACAACAGCCUUAUGA